UGGCUGUACAGACAUAACGGAACCACCGAGAGAGUCAACAUUGAAAAACCAGCCCCGGUCACAUAUUUCAUACCAUUCCACAUUGUGAGCGACCCCGGAAGCUACUUUACCUGGACAUACCACAAUAUUUUUUUCCGCAGUGUUGUCUCACAGGCAAAUUAAGUCCUAUGAAGAGAAAAAUGCCAAGGCAAUUACAAAGGAAAAAUAGAAUAACUGUAUGUGUUUAGCGGACACAUAUGUAAGAAAUGUAGAAAUUAUACACGACUUACUUUUCUGAACGGGCUCAGUUCCUGCAUGUUGUUUUUGGGGCAGAGUUAGACAAUACUACGCCGCAUCCUGUAAUCCAGGGCUGAGGGUAAAAACAUUCCCCCACCGUAGGAUAGCAUUUAAUUAUCAUUUGGUUUUCAAGCUGUCAGACGCUGCUAUCGUUAUAUCGAACUAUCUAGCGUAAAACUCUCUUUGUGGGAAAUGUAUAGAAGACUGUUCCAUUAGAGACAGUAUGUAGUUCACAAUUAACAGGAUCAGGUACUCUCAUCAUGGUGGUUAGCUAACGUUAGCUACGAAGCUAGAUUAUUUGGACAAUCCUUUCAACUUGCUUGCUGACAGGUUAGCUUACGACAGCUAACUUCGCUAUGUGAACUACCUAAACCAGGAAAGUGGCGAUAAAGGAACACCCUGCAACUCCCUGGUGUUGCAGGUUGCUCUCAUGUGCCCAUGGAGAAGGUGGCCUUUGAGGGGUGGCUGGAGUCAGUCUCUGCCACUUUCCUUACUCUAAAUGACCAGCAGCGUAACCAGUCUCUGGACCACCUCAUAUCUUUAAGUGGUGCUGCCCAGCUCCGUCAUCUGUCUAAUGGGCUGGAGACACUGCUCAAGCGUGACUUCCUCCGCCUGCUUCCUUUGGAGCUGGCCUUCUACCUGCUACGCUGGCUGGACCCUCAGACCCUGCUCACCUGCUGCCUAGUCUGCAAGCAGUGGAAUAAGGUGAUAAACUCGUGUACAGAGGUGUGGCAGGCUGUGUGUCGGGAGCUGGGCUGGAGGAUUGAUGAGUCGAUUCAGGAUGCAUCCCACUGGAAGGGGGUCUACCUGAAGGCUAAACUGCGUAUGAUGCAGCUGAAGGGUCAGGAGGCCUUUGAGACAUCAUCCCUCAUUGGCCACAGUGCUCGAGUAUAUGCCCUCUACUAUAAGGAUGGUCUCCUCUGCACAGGAUCUGAUGACCUUUCUGCCAAAUUAUGGGACGUGCGCACGGGGCAGUGCAUUUAUGGAAUUCAGACACACACCUGUGCCACGGUGAAAUUUGAUGAACAAAAGUUGGUCACUGGGUCCUUCGACAACACUAUUGCAUGCUGGGAGUGGAGCACAGGGGCUAAAAUCCAACAAUUCCGUGGCCACACAGGAGCAGUCUUCAGUGUGGACUACAAUGAUGAGCUGGAUGUGCUGGUCAGCGGCUCUGCAGACUUCACCGUUAAGAUCUGGGCUUUGUCUGCUGGUGCUUGUCUAAACACACUAACUGGACACACUGAGUGGGUCACCAAGGUGAUACUACAGAAAAGUGAAGUAGAAUCCAUGGUGCACAGUCCUGGUGACUAUAUCCUCUUAAGUGCUGAUAAGUAUGAAAUUAAGGUCUGGCCUUUAGGGAGAGAAAUCAACUGUAAGUGUUUGAAGACACUGUCAGUGUCAGAGGACCGCAGCAUCAGCCUUCAGCCUCGCCUGCAGUUUGACGGACGCUACAUCGUCUGCAGCUCUGACCUUGGAGUUUAUCAGUGGGACUUUGCCAGUUUUAAGAUUCUCAGGGUGAUAAAAACGCAGGACCCAGCCAACCUGUCCCUGCUUAGCUUUGGUGAAGUGUUUGCGCUCCUUUUUGACAACCAUUUCCUCUAUGUGAUGGACCUGAGGACAGAGGCAAUCUCGGGCCGCUGGCCUCUGCCAGCCUACAGAAAAUCCAAACGAGGAUCCAGCUUCCUGGCCGGUGUGACCUCCUGGCUCAACGGCCUGGAUGGGGGCAAUGACUCUGGACUGGUUUUUGCCACCAGUAUGCCGGACCAUAGCAUUCACUUAGUACUGUGGAAGGAGAAUGGAUAGAAGCAAGCAAGGACUUCAAACCCCAGACUGCGUGGACAUAAGCAGCCCUCAUCUGUGCUCUGGAAUAAAUUAAAUUUAACAGCCAAGAUAGAUCAUGCAUGGACCAAAGCAUUUUAUUUUUAUCUGUUUCUUCCUCAGAACACAGUCCUCCACUGGAGGAGGACUCCACAGAUGGAAAUGGAAGGAAAACUAAAAAAGAUGAUGAAAUUGCUAGUAAAUGUGCUACACUCAGUGCUAGAUCAGCACAUGCUCUUGAUUUCUGCAGAAACCUUAAAAACCUCUUAUUGGUCUUCUGAUUUGGACAAAAACAGAUAGAAAGAAAGAAAACAGAGUUCUUGAAGCCCAAAAUGUGUCAGCAACAACUAAAAACAUCAUCAAAGGUUCCAAAAUAAACACAACCAUAUAAAUUCCCCCGUAAUAGACUUUAACAUAGAAGUGUAAAUGUUUUUGGCAAAUUUGGUCUUUGAUCAGUUAAGCAUUGUGCAGUGAGAAAAUUUGUAGCCAAACUUUAAAUUGUAGUCUAGUAAUUGAGUGCCAACUUUGGCAAAUGACCUUUCCUCAAUCGGAAAGACUAUGUCAAACGUGCUUCAGCUAGAACAUGCCUAAUGCCAAGCUGGUCACUGAGCUGAUUUGCAGACACAUUGGUUUCUGUGAAGAAAAGCAGGGCCGCCUUAAACACAGUUGCUGUAAAUAAUGAAGAAAAUUGAUGUAAGAUUGUGACAUCAUGGGAGAUAUUCCUCAAGGUUUUCACAGACUAUCCCAGAAGAAACCGUAUACUGAAUUGUAUGUUAAAAAGUGGUUUGGUACAUUGUUGUGUACCGUGUAAAACAUUGUGAGGUUUCAUGUAAUUCUACUAAGGGUUGUCUGGUUUAGCUUGAGAAAUGUGAUGUGCCUUUUCAGUUCAUUUGAUGUUACAAACUAAUUACUAAUUCCUGUAACUCUGGCACAUUGCAAUAAGGUGAUGACUGCAUUGUAAAUCUUACUUUUAUGUUGAAUUUUCCAUAUUUACUGUGCUCUAACAGUCUAAGAUAUCUGUAAUUUUAUAGCUAUUUACCUGACUUGACUUGCUCAGUGAAUUGCUUUAUGAAUCAUUGACUGUGUUAAACAUCAGGUUUAUUUUUCUAAAGGCCUCAAGACAUGGCACAGCAGAUGAAGUGACUUGACAAGUAGGUGGUUCUCAGCAAAAUUACUAUUUAGACUUAAAGAAAAUUUGAACAGAUGGUUUUCCUGGCAUAACAAAGGAAACUAUGUGAAACCAUGCUAUUCUAUGCAUCAGUUUUAACAUACUGUCACCAUUUUGUUCUCUGCUUCUACAAAAAUGAAAUUUUAACCCAGAAUUGAUGUCUGCCUUUGCUUUGGCAGGCCACAGAUCACAGUGGAUCAAAAUGUAUUCAUAUGCACCAAACCUCAUUUAUGACAUUAGUUUUUCUUGUAUACAUACAGUAACCUGUUUCUCAGAUGGAUAAUUGUACCCAGCAGAUGAACAAACAGUUCUUAGUUUAGAUUAUUUUCAAAUCUAAUUAAAACACCACCAAAAUACUGUAUUCUGUACUGUUGUCUGAACAUUGCAUCACAUUCUAUGCUCCUAGCAGCACUCAGUUAAAAUUGAAAUUGGUAAUAUGAUUUGUAUAUAAAGUGAUAAAUUGAAAUGGAUCAGGAGGAAUGUGGGACACAUUUUUUUUGUUUAAGUCUCUUCAUAGUAAUAGCCAUUGCUUUAAAGCACUGUAGAGUGUUAAUAUUUCAGAAAGUCUUCUACUAAACAGCUCUAUGGUCACCUGGACCCAUCUACAAUCUGCUUCAAUAUUGCAGUCUUUAAAAUAAAUAAAAGUAGCAAAUACAUCUUGUUGUCAUGACAGCAUUUUAAAAUGAGUCAACAUUGUGUUCCUGAUGCAUGUUUCUUUUUAGCUAUGCUAGCAGCAGCUUUAGUGAUCGAAAUAUAGAUCCAAAUACCUGUAAAGCUAUUGACAUACCCAACAGUUUUAGUUGUACUUUGUGUACUAGUGCUAAUAAGCAAAUGUUUGCUUGCAACAGUAUAGCCUCACAGAGCUGCAAGCAUGGCUGUAGACGUGUGUACCAAAUAUAGCUGUCAAAAUGUUAUUUUGUCCAACAUUACAAUGGAUAAUGCUUCGUAGAAAAAAAUUCAAAAAGGCAAUCAGUUGUACAAAGGAUCUUUCCCCUAUAAACAUCAAAUGAAUGCUAUCACAGGUUUCCCCCUGUGGUAGUUAAUGCAUCACCAUUACUUCUCUUCUUUCUCUUAAGGAUGAGUUACAUCUUCAGCUUUGUUUUCAAGGAUUUCUUAGAGGUACAGAAGUAUGGCAUAUUGGUUGCGUGGUUAAUGCAAUGUCUCUUCCAUGUCAUAGCAUCAUCCCUUGCACACUGUCUACAGAGUGUUGCUUCAUCACAGCCAUCACAGUUCCUUUACACCAGACUUGGUGAAUGGCUUAUGUAUCUGUGAGCCAUGUUAACCUCUGGUGUUUUUGGACUGUUCCAUUUUAUUUGACUGAACUUUUGGACUUACCUGAAGAAAAGAUGAACUAGGAAAUACAACAAAAUUUAAAGGUAUUUUCAAUUUUCUUCAAUCCUUGGAAACAAAUGAAUAUGUCCCUUAUACUUAACUUACUAACAAAUGUAGCUAAAAAAAGAAUAUUUUCAAUGCAUUAUAAGCACAAGAUUUAGCUAGAUUUUUUUUAUAUAUAAGUAUUAAUAUAUUUUUUUUUUUAUUGAAUUAUUAU